AUGCUUGAUUAUAUUCCAUUUACAAAAGAUAAAGACAGUGAUACUAAAGUCUAAAAUAAUAUAGGAGGAGGACACAAUUCAAUACUUAAAAAUUAAAAAUAUACACUUAAAUUUCUAUAAAAUAAACAAAACUAUGCUAAAAUCAAUAAAGUUAUUGAUUAUUAAUCACUAUUAAAUUCUCCUGAGCAAAUUACUACUAGGUCAUUAGAUAUAUAAUAAUAUGAAUACUUUUUACGCAAAGAUGGUUUAGAAAAUAGAUUAAAAGAAUAUAAAAUUUCUAAAGGAUAAUAAACGACUUUAACAAGAAAGCAAUUAUAAUAAUCAAUUAAAGUUGAAAAUGUUCAUUUAAAUGAAAACUCUGAUCAUUAGAAGAAAUUAGAAUUGGCACUUAAUAGAUCAAAAUUUAAUCGUGUAGGUAGUAUUGGUGAAAGUUACAGAUCUUAAGACUCUUUAUCAAGCAUAUAAAAAAUUACCAGAUACUAAUAAUUACAAUAAUAAACCUAAUAUUUAUUAUUGUAAUAGUAAGAGGAAUAAAAUAGAUAAAAAUCUAAUUAAGAAGAUUAAAGUCUUUCUAGUAUAAAAGUUGAAGAAUAAAUUGUUGAUAUAUCAACUGAAAAGCAUGAAGAAGUAGUUCUAAAUGAACCAAUAGAAAAUGAUAACUCUAUUCAAUAUGAAUCUUAAUAAUAGGUAGAGAUUUAAGAAAAUCCAUAACAAUUAUAAAUUAAUGAGAGUUAUGCUAUUUCAUAAUUCUCAGUUCCUUAAUAGUAUUCUAUUAAUAAUGAAAUAUCUUUAAUUAAUUAUGAAGAUGAUGAAGAUAUUGAGGAAGAAGAAGUAGAAGAAUAAGUUUAAUCUGCUAAAAAAUAAACUAAAAAUAAAAAGUAACCUAGAUAAAAGGCUUAAAAACAAUAAAAAUAAUAGCAAUCAAAUUCUAAAGCUAAUUAAAGUAUAUAAUCAGUCAAAAAAUCUGAUGGAAUAAGAUCGAAUAAAAUUAGUAGAUAGUAAUCUUAAAUGUCAAUAUCAGAUUUAGAUAGAAUAGAAUAAAUAAUUCAAUAGAAUGCAAAUGAUCUUGAUGAAGCAGAAGAAUUAUAAAGAGAUAAAAUGAGAAAAUAAAUUAGAGAGUUGGAAGAAAGAAUACAGAAAACUAAAGAAAGAUAAGAACAAUUUUAAUAUAAUCCAGAAGAGUAUAAAGAUAUGAGUGGAGAAUAUUUAUAAACCAAAAAAAAGGAAUAGCAAUAACAAUAAGAAUAAUAACCAUAAUAAUAAUAAUAAUAAUAAUAAUAAUAAUAAUAACAAUAAUAACAAUAAUAACAAUAAUAAUAAUAAUAAUAAUAAUCAAAUUAAGUAUAACCUCAUUAAUCAGUAAAUACUCCAAAAAAAUAAGGAAAAUAAGAAAUUAGACCUAAUAAUUAAACAUAAUUAAUUAUAUCUAAAUAGGCUAAGUAAAUAAAAGUACCAGAAACUUAAAGUUAAGCAGUUUUACCUAAUAUUAAUUAAAAUUAGAGAAUACAAGAACAUCCAAUGACAGCUAAAUCUCCUCGACAAGAUAAGAAAAAUUAAGAUAUAAAUGAAUUAGAAUCCUAAAGAAUAUCAUAACAUAGUAUUGAAUUAGAAAGGUCUGUAGUAGAAUCAUUAAAAGAUUUAGAAAAAUAAUAGAAAUACUCUUCUCCUAUUGUAUCUGACCCUAUGAUUAAAAUAGAAAACAAAUUAAAAUAAAUGUAAGAAGAUAUGGAGGUUCAUUAAAGGAAGUAAAGUGAUUUAGAUUUUGCUGAUUUUUUAUUAACAUCAGGAAAUGUAUUCGAUACAAAUUAUGAAGUAAUCUGAUUAUUUAAUCUUAGAAAUAUAAGAUAUUUUAAGUUGACAAGAAACCUGAUGAUCCACCUGGACAUUUCGGUGAAGAGGAUAAAAACUUAUAUCAAUAAAUGAAGUAUUGGGAUGCUCAAAACACUGGAAAUAGUAAAAAGAUAUCAACAGUUGCAGAUAUUGUUAGAGGUAUUUGUACUAAACUUACUUCUGAUGCUAACUUAAGUGAAGCAGAUAUAAAAACAUAAAAAACAAUAGAUUCUGAUUGGGAUUGA